UCCCAAUUGCGGGCGUGCUCCGCCUUACAUGUCGGUGGCAUUUAGUGGGCGUGUACGAGUGGCGAGAUGGCGAAAUCGUGUGUUUACGUGUGCCGCGGUGGUCGUGUUAUCUUUGCGUGAGGGUUGACAAGGAGCUGCGAGCGGGCAGGAAGUAAACACGACAGUCCUAAUCCUGCGUCCGUCUUACAAAUGUGUCUCGUCCGUAGGACAGUUCCAGAGUCCCAAUCAAUUCCUCUAGCAAAGUGCAGCCGUGGCUGGGCCGGGAACGAUGGCUUCAACGCGGGCAACGCACGACCCGCGUUCAAUACCUAACAUGGUAUAUUCAAGGCCGCCGGUACAAGUAAAUCAUGUUGUGGGCUUCGGUGCCGCACCGUUACCUUGUGUAGCGUUUCCAUGGGCUACAGCGGCCCGGGCACGGUAAUCAGCGUCGUCUACGGAACUCUGAAGUUGGGCGAGGUCUGUGGCUCGGAUUCGGCGAGGCGGGCGAUGAACGUUGCUUGGACAACAUAUCGUGGACUGAAGACCGGUGCCGUUGGAUUUUAGUGCUGUCAAAGAGUUCGCCAUGAGUAUCCUCACUGAAAAUUGUGUCCUGUCGCGCACCCGCGCCCAAGAUUUGAAAAGUGUCCGAAAACUCAAUUGCUGGGGGAGCGAACUGGAAGACGUCAGCAUAGUGAGGAAGAUGUCGCACGUCGAAGUGCUCUCUCUGAGUGUCAACAAUAUACAUACUUUAGCAGACUUCGCAUAUUGCAAGAACCUUCAGGAGCUCUACAUACGGAAGAAUAACAUCCGAGACCUCAACGAAGUGUUGCACCUAAAGGACUUGCCAAGGCUCAGAAACCUCUGGCUCGCUGACAACCCCUGCGCUGAAAACGAACAUUACAGGAUGACUGUGCUGAGGCACCUUCCAAACCUCCAAAAGCUCGACAAUCAAACCGUCCAGAGCCACGAGGUGGAACGUGCCCAAGUGCAGGGCUCUGCCCUGAACCUGCCUGCCCCCGGCGGAGAGGCAGUGCACGAAGAUGCUGUCAAACCGCGCGCCAGCCACCCCACGGCUCGUGCCGGCGCUGCUCCGGCACAACAGAACGGAGCGGACGACUACCAGAACCCCAGCGCCACCCCACGGCCCCGUGACCUUGGGGUCUCGCAGCAGGAGGCGAGCAUGCACGGCAGGCCGGCCGCCAUGCACGGCACGCCCACGGCAGGCACACCAGUCAGGGAGGCCAAGCAGACGGAGGCGGCGUGUUCUCCGAUCGUGGCAGCCGCACCCACGGACGGACCCGCCUCCUGCCAGGGCAUGUCCCCCGCCGAGCAGCACGCCUUCCACGCACGGGUGCAGACCCUGAUGGACCACUCGGGACGCAGGUUACGCAAGAGUGCCGAGAUUACCUGCGAUCCAGUGGCACUUUUCGAAGGGGAGGAGAAUGCCGCUGUGAGGCAAGGAAGCGCACCGCUUGCCGACGGUCGAAGGUACGCGUCAGUGGAGUACUUGCACACGCACUCGCUGGAGUCGGACUCCCUCAUGUCUCCUGGUGAGGCUGCUGGUCCCAGGGGGUCGACGUACACGGAGGUGCACAGGGCCCACAAGGGGGACAAGACGUCCCCAACUAGGCUGCUGCCCAAGGGAGGAAAGAACAGGAAUGCAAACAUACUCUCGGCUGUCCUCUGCCUCAUCAAAGAGCUUGACUAUGCCAGCUUGGAGGUGGUGGAAACUGCCAUUCAUUGCAGGAUGGAGGAGAUGGAUGUCUAGGGCUAACAAGGAGCCUGUCUUUUUGCUUCCCUUGUAACUUAAAAAGUAGAACUUCUGCCUCCUUUUUCAUCUAGUUAGGCUGGUAUGCAUCAGGACUCAACUGACUGGAACCAAAAAAGAAUCCUUACAAUUUGUGCCCUGUUCUUUGAUUGAGAUGGGCAAUCCUAUUUAUCUAGAAGUCACUGGGAUUAGGUAAUGCCUAAACAUCCUUUGCCCUUCGAGGCCAUGUCUGGGAUUGUGUUUGUUAGUGCCACAGAUACUGGAAUUGUGCUCGUGAUUGCGGCGAAUGCUCCAGUCUUUUUUUUUUCUUUCUAUGUUUAAGCCUCGCUGCGUGUAAUAAUUAUGAGAGCAAUUUUUUCAUAUUGGGCUUUGUGGGUUGCUCGCCUUGCGAGGCAUUGCAAGCUUCAGAGAAUUCAGGCCACAGUUCUAGAAUGUGCAAAAUUCCUUGCAUAUAUAGUACAUGAAAUAUUGUCCCCCCGCAGAUUUCGGAGGAUCUGAUUUUAAUUUAAGGUAAUGUAUUAUACAGCCAUGUCCCAUUUAUCCCAACAAUAUUGUGCUUGUAAAAACCGUUAGAUGAUGAAUUCUACAACUAAUUAUGCCCAACUAUAACACCGAGCAUGUCAGUCCUUUCAUGAUACAAUUUAGUUAAGUAGAAGUUGGGUUUACCGAGUGCCAGAUAAGCAAGAUGUGACUGUAGCAAGUUUAAGGUGCAGAACUUUUGCAGCAGUCUUAUCAUUUAGUUUAUUUCUUCUUUUUACCAGUGAGACUAAAUCAGCUAAAUUUCUUGCUUCAUUUGUAAAUCUUGCAGCUCUUGGAUGAAUCUGCCGAUUCUUUCACAGUUUGUUUGACAGGAAGAGGAGCUAGUUUUUCUAGGCAAUGUGACUAAGAAUUAUGCAACACGAGUUCCCACAGAGAUCACAUUGGCUCUUGGCUGCUGCUAUACCCCCUUAACAAGUACCGCCUAGAGAAAGCAAGCACAGAAGCCCUUUAAAAUUUUCUUUCAGUAGAAAAUCAAAAGCAAAACCACAGGUCAGUUGCCCCUGCCUUUUGUGCUCCUCUUUUGAGUUCUACCUUUUACAUGCACGUUUACUUAUUCUUAGCUCACCGCAAUACUCUCGCAGUGCCGACAAUGGCAGCCUCCCCAUACAAGGUCAUAUGUGAUAUUUCUUUCGGUCUAAGUGGAGCUCAUUCCAGAAAACACUAGGACGCUGUUUUCAUGUGUAUCAGUGCUAUGCCAACAUGUAAUGCAUUUGUUUUGUGUAACUUUUCUGUACAGGAGUGUGUAGAUGUCGGUGGAUGUUUGGUCAAACUAAUGGUACUCCUUUUUGAGGUGCACAAUGUGUGUUUUGUGAGGUAACAGAUGUUCUACUUUAUUGGGGUUUGUAUCUGAAAUGCUUGCAUAGUGCAAGUAGAAAUCAGGUGAGCUUAUUUAUAAUAUGUGGAGUGGUGUAUGGUUUUACAUAGUUCCACUUAAAGGCAAAGUUUGCUAGCAAAGAGUAAUGAAAUUAAGGUUCCCCCAGCUUAUACUGGAAAAUGCAACCUGGAUCCUCUACUUAGAAAGGCCUUACUUAGUUCCAAGCUGCUUUGGGUAGCAUGCGGUUGUGAUCUCUUUUUCUCAAAGCAUUUGCUUCUCAGGAAAAAAAAAAAAAGAAAAUGCAAUAACCUUUUUUAUGGCGUGUAGGGAUUCAUAAUUUAUUCCUCAAUUUUCAACUUGUAUAUGGAAAGUUAAUUGAAGAAGGUAUAGAAAAUAGACUAUAUCAAUUCACAUCCAGUUGUGGUAACUAACUUCAUUUUUUAAUGCAAUUUGUUUGUUACUACACUCAUCCUGCAGAUGACAAGACAAGCAGUUUUGGUCGACUUAAAAUUCAAUAUUGUUUAAUGUAUGGUAAGGGGAGCUAAGCAGCCCUUCCAAAUAAACAACCUGCACUAGUUCACACCAUUAAGGGGCUGUAUUGAUGCCAUAUUCACUUCUCUUAGUGCAAAUUGGAAUGUAAGGUAACAGCAUGAAGGACAUUUGGUUGUCUUGUUCCUACCUGCUGGUACUGGUUUUAUAUCAUACCAUAGAAUACCGCGCAUCCACCCAUACCGCACCAAGCGUCCAUUCCCAAA